AUGGCCUCCCUCUUCGAGCCAACCCCAACCCGCCACCACGGCGGCAGCACACCGUCGUCCUCUGCCCCACCGGCCCUGUCGCUCGCCGACCAGCUCCCCAACACAAACUUUGGCUUCGACGACCUGCGCGAACGCAUGGCCAAGUUCACGGUGCGGUUCGACGCCUUCAUCGACGCGGGCCGGAAGCGCGUGCUCGAAGAGCGCAGCCGGUUCCACCUCUCUAUGGCCGAGCUGUCCGAGGACCAGCGCAUGAAGGCCAAGAACAUCGAGAUCGCGCAGCUCAAGACCAACGCGCACCAGCACACCGUCGCCAAGGAGGCCGCCGAGGCGCGCGAGAUGCAGCAGGCCGUCCGCGCCCUCUCGGAGCAGCGCGACAGGCAGCAGGCCGUGCGCGACGGCCUGCUGGCGCAGAUCGAGGAGACGCAGCGCGAGAUCGAGAAGCGCCUCGCCACGCAAAAGGAGCACGCCAGGAAGAAGGAGGCCAUGGGCAGGUUCAACGUGCCCGAGCUGGACUUUUGGGUAUCGAACCUGUGUGUGAGGAUCGAGGGGGCCGGGCAAGACGACCGGCUCAAGUUUGUGUAUACCCAUGUGGACGAAAAGGAUUGGGAUCGUGAGGCCUGGUUCGAACUUAGUACGGCGGGCAGGGCCUAUGAUGUCAGGCAUUGUCGACCCAAGCUCGAGAGGAGCAAGGUGGAGCGGGUGCUGGACAGGACGAAUGAGACGAGGGAACUUGCGGUUUUGCUCAAGGGUAUGAGAGAGUUGUUUGUGGAAGCAAUGAAGUCAUGA